AAACCCUAAACGCGAUCCUCAAGAAGUCUCGACUUUUAAACCUCUCUACGGUAUCAUCGAUCAAAUCUCUAGGGUUUCUACUCCUCAUUCGAUCCAUUACCGAUGUCUCUGCGUCCGAGCGAGAGGACGGAGGUCCGUCGCAACAAGUACAAGGUCGCCGUCGACGCCGAGGAGGGUCGCCGGCGGCGAGAGGACAACAUGGUGGAGAUACGAAAGAGUAAGCGAGAAGAGAACCUGCAGAAGAAGCGGAGGGAGGGAAUGGCGGCGGCGGCGUUUCCUCAAUCGAUCCCAUCGUCGGGGGUCGAGAAAAAGUUGGAAAGCUUGCCGGCGAUGGUGGCCGGGGUUUAUUCCGAUGAUCGGACCUUGCAGCUCGAAGCUACGACUCAGUUCAGGAAAUUGCUGUCGAUAGAGAGGAGUCCUCCAAUAGAAGAGGUUAUCCAAGCUGGUGUUGUUCCUCGAUUUGUGGAAUUUCUUACAAGGGAGGAUUAUCCUCAACUUCAGUUUGAGGCUGCGUGGGCACUUACCAACAUAGCCUCUGGUACAUCAGAGAAUACCAAGGUUGUGAUUGAUCAUGGAGCUGUUCCGAUAUUUGUGAAGCUGCUUGGUUCUCAGAGUGAUGAUGUCCGAGAGCAGGCAGUGUGGGCAUUGGGUAAUGUAGCUGGUGAUUCACCAAGAUGUCGAGACCUUGUCCUUGCCAAUGGGGCAUUGAUCCCGCUCCUGUCUCAGUUGAAUGAGCAUGCCAAGCUGUCAAUGUUGCGGAAUGCCACUUGGACUCUAUCCAACUUCUGCAGGGGGAAGCCACAACCAGCUUUUGAGCAGACACGUCCUGCUCUUCCUGCACUUGAGCGUCUUAUUCAUUCAAAUGAUGAGGAAGUCCUUACUGAUGCAUGUUGGGCGCUCUCUUACUUGUCUGAUGGAACGAAUGACAAGAUUCAAGCUGUGAUUGAAGCCGGUGUUUGCCCCCGGCUUGUGGAACUUCUAUUGCAUCCUUCACCAUCGGUGCUCAUUCCUGCCCUCCGCACUGUUGGUAACAUAGUUACGGGGGAUGAUGUCCAGACACAGUUUAUUAUCAAUCAUCAAGCUCUUCCUUGUCUGCUGCAACUCUUGACACACAAUCACAAGAAAAGCAUCAAGAAGGAAGCAUGUUGGACCAUUUCAAACAUCACAGCUGGAAAUAAAGAACAGAUUCAGGCUGUAAUUGACGCGAAUAUUAUUGCUCCUCUGGUUCAUUUAUUGCAAACUGCUGAAUUUGACAUCAAGAAAGAAGCAGCGUGGGCCAUCUCAAACGCUACAUCUGGUGGUACCCAUGAACAAAUAAAGUUUCUUGUGAGCCAAGGCUGCAUCAAACCAUUGUGCGAUCUUCUUGUUUGCCCAGACCCUAGAAUAGUCACUGUUUGUCUCGAAGGACUUGAAAACAUUCUGAGGGUUGGUGAAGCUGAGAAGAACCAGGGAACUACUGGGAGCGUGAACCUCUAUGCCCAGUUGAUUGAUGAAGCCGAGGGUUUAGAGAAGAUUGAGAAUCUCCAGAGCCAUGAUAACACUGAAAUCUAUGAGAAGGCUGUGAAGAUCCUCGAAACUUAUUGGCUGGAGGAGGAAGAAGAAGCAAUGCCUCAAGACGCUGCUCAAACUGGAUUCCGCUUUGGUGGGAAUGAGCAGCUUACAGUUCCAUCUGGCGGGUUUAACUUUGGUUGAAUGUACAACCAAAAAAGAGAUGGGAGUUCAAGUACCACACUGACUAAAUGCAAAAUAUCAUCUAAUGGUGCUCAACAUGCAGGGUCUUUGUUGCUUGAGGUGAGGAAGGAAGCGGGGUCAGUGUCGGGUCAGUUGGGGAAGAGUCAAGAAGAGUCGUGUCAUGUUGGUUUGGGUCCAGUUGGUCCAGUCUCAGGUGUGGGUCGAGGUCCGGAGUUGGGGUCAGGAGUCGGGUUUAAGGGGGGUUGGUACCAAUAAAAAAAUGAGGAUCAAUGGUGCUGACGUCUUUUGAUUCAAGUUGCAGCAGUGCAUGUUCUGCUUCCAAGAUCAUCGACAGUCGGUCAUUUAUGCUGAAGGAGGGGAAGCAACAUGCUGUGAUAAAUUUGAGGUAAAAUAUGUUGCAGGUGAUUCUAAAUCAUUACAGGUUUUUUUUCUCCUGUAUAGCGUCGAAGUUAUUUUUUUAAUGUGGGGUUGGUUUAUCAAUGGGGUUUUGUUUUCGUAAUGCUAAAGAUACCAUAUGAGAGUGUAUGGUGGUGUAUUAUGCAAGUUUGGAUACACAGUUUUAAGCUUUCGAACAAAGGAAAUGAAGUACUUAUUUUAGUGUCA